UAUCUUAAUUUUUAAACUGAUAUAUCGCUUCGUCUCGCAUUAUUGUCAUAAAUUAUAUAAAACAUAAAUUAUAAUUUAGUUAUGGAAAAAAUAUAGAGUCAAAGGACCAACCUUUGAGUCGUAAUGUCUAGGCAUUUAUUAAAGUUUUUUUUGUCUUAGUGAAAACUGCCAAUCUUGUGUUACGAAGAAUAAAAAUUAGAUUAUUUCUGUUAUUGAUUCAAGUUCAGAAGACAUUUAGACAUAGACAUUAGGCACUUACAUCACAGGCACAAAGACACUCAGACUCAGAACAAGCAUUUGUGGAUCACAUGAAUGCUUAUCCUACGCACGGAUCGAACCUGCGGCACGUCCCACACAUUGGGUUUGGCGUGGUGGCAAUUAUUUUUGAGUGACCAAAUUCCAUUGUCCUGAAUAUUAUCGAUUUUUUAUAUCAUAGAGGCAUUUUCAUAUCAUACUCGAUCAACGAGAGAUUAAAUCAUCUGCAUACUGCGCUCAUCAACAUAGGCGCGAUGACCUAAACCAUUUUAAAAUCCUAGUCAUAACUAUAUGACAAUUGAAUCUAGUAUUUAAUUGCUCAGUUGCAACUCAAUAGUUUACAAAUGACUCAAAAACAAACAAUUUAUAACGUUAUGUCAUAUUUGAUUUGUUUAUUUGCUUUCUUUACCGCUCCACCGUUGUCCGCUAUAGACGUAUAGAGGAUUUAUUUCAGUUUCAAUAUAUUAUAUAUUGCUUGAAACUUUUAGUUUCUGUAUUGAGUCUGUAGACACUUGAUAGACUCUGCGAGUGAUGUUAAUACUACUGCUGGUCCUUGUGUCCGGGGUGAUGGCUGACAACACCACAGAGCUGAUAAUGUGUGACGGUGUCAUCUUCCAUCAUGUCUACUAUGAUAAGGAGCUCCUGUUUAAGGACCUCGGCAGGCCUUACAACUUGGUUAUGCAUAAAUUCUCUGGCAUCCUAUUCUUCAGUCACACAAUCCAGAAUGGUACUCAAGUGGACUUCGGCAUCAGGGCGUGCCACCUCGAGAAGAAGACCUGUCGCGAGAUCCAGGGCGUGCCCGGAGGUUACGCCAUCGCUUACGACGCUGGAAACGACGACAUCUACUUCGGCGGCCAUGACGGCAUCUACAAAUACAACUUCUUAACGAAAGCCGCUGAAUUUUUCGCCGAAGAAGGGAAAUCGAUCUGGGGAUUAUUCGUCCGAAGAAAUUUUUACUACAUCGAGUACCCAGCACAAAGACUCUUCGUGUACCAAGAUGACAAUUUCGUACAGGUAGCCGAAGCUUUGCAUAUUGAGGUUGACCAUUUCUUCGUGUCCAAGCACAUUGAUGUUUACUUUUCAAAUAAAACAGCAUUGUAUAAAGUAGAACGGCCGACCUCCGAAGCUAUCGUUUUGAAUGACGAGAUAGUUAUCAGACAGAUCGUAGAAGAUAGUUAUGGGGAUGUUUACUUCUGUGCCAGCGAUGGAGUGUACCUCGAAGAUAAGCCUUAUCAUAAAGUUAAGAAAGUCGCUGAAAUUGAUCAAGCCUUUGGAAUGACGUUCGAUGAAAAAGAUCGGAUAAUAUAUUCUGAUAAAGAUGCGAUAUACAGAUUGAACCCGAGUAAAUACAGUGGGCUUUGUUUAAAUGCAAUCACUAAUCCUGAAGAGAAAGAUGACAGUCAGACUAUGAGGAAAUCGUUGAUCAGUUAAUCAUUGCGACUGAAACUGUUAAGAAGAGGUAUUCGAAGAAAAUAAUAACGUUAAGAGAGAUAAACUUGUAAAUAUAGAAGCAAUAUCAUGUAUUUUAAUAUUCAAUUCUAUAAAGUUUAGCAAAAGUAUAAUAAAGUAUAGAAUGAAUUAGUUACCAAUAUUUACUAAAUAAGGCAUAAAUUUUUUGUCAUCCUAUUAUUGAAAUGUUUAGCGAGAGAACUCCGAAACUUGUGUAGUUAAAAAUAGUGUAUGAUGCUUUUAUACUUAGGCUCGUUUUGAAAUUACAGAAUUAUUUCAGGAAUCGUUUUUCAAUUGGAUUGACCAUGAAAUCAAUCUGGCCUUAAAAAGCCAGUGCCAGUGCACAAAGUGUUGCGACGUUUUUAGCCAAUAAACAAAGCAAUCAACAAGGGAUCACUAUACAAACUCAUUUUGACACACAACUUAAAAUUGAUACACACAAUAUUUGAAUAUAUGAAUAAGAGAUAUUGGAGACUAAAAUGGGUGUCUUCUUUUCUUUUCGUAUGAUUGUAUUGCUUGGUGUCAAAGUUAUUAAACUACCACCAGGGUUCUGAAGUGGCUUUAAACACAACCUAGCAAAAUUCGUGGGUUCCAUUUUCUAUUUUCCUUCACCAGGUUUCAAGCGAUAAACUUACUUACUUAAGAAUUCAAAAAUACAUCAGUGUCUGCCAGAAUUCAAACCUAAGACCUAA